AUCUUGCCUCUCAGUCUCUGGUUACGCAGGCUGUUUUUGAAAGAAAACAAGAACGGUUAUAAAGCUGACUUUCUCGAGAACGACAUGCCCUUUUAUUCUAAGAAACAGCCAAAAGAACAAGAGGCCACUGAAGACCAAAUUUCCCUGCAAACUCCUGCACACAGUGGCGUGUGCAGGCAUCUGUUACUAGGAGGGAAUGGGAUUUCCCUUUAUUACGAGACAUCUCUGCACCUGUUGACACUCUGACAUUAUUUUCAGCUGAAGGACCGCUAAGUCCAGGAUCUCUCCACUGUCAACCAGAGGAAGCUUCGUACUUCAGUGACUCUUCUAUUUAUCAAUAGGAAGAAGCAACUGGGAACUCCCUUUGGAAGGAGCAUAAAAUCUGUGAAGUUUGAACAAGCAGCCUUCCCAACAUGUACCGAAUAUCUCAACUGAUGUCAACACCAGUAGCAAGUUCUUCUGGCUCUGAGGGAGGAUAUACUGGAAAGCCGUCUCCCACAUGUGUUUUCCCAAGUUUUGCCUGUGAUUUCCUGGAUGGUGACACUUCCUUCAAAUGCUGCUCCAUAGAUCUCCUGACAGGCUCCCACUCUGCCUGUCGCCGGAGUCCCAGACUCCUCUCCAAUGGCUACUACACUUGGACAGCAGACAGUUUCCUCUGUGACAAAGAUGGCAACAUAACUCUGAGUCCACCCCAGACCAGUGUUCUUUACAAGGAGAAUUUAGUUAGAAUAUUUAGAAAGAAAAGGAGAAUCCGCCGUUCCUUUUCUAAUCUCUUCAGCCUCAGUGCUUCUAAAUCCUGGCUGCAUGGAAACAUCUUUGGUGAUGUUGACUCUCCCCUAAGUGAGGACACCUGGUUGGAGGGGGUCAGGAGGCUGGAUGCACACCAUUGCGGUGAGAUCGGAGAAGAUCCUGACUGGCCCCUGACUGAUGCCUGGGAGUCGGAGGGGACGACAGCAGCCUCCACCUGCGGCCCUGCCAUGUCCCAGACUCCCCGACAAAACACCCACAACGGGGCUCUCCAGACUCAUGGGAUGGCUUCGGAACAUCUCCCAGGGAACAUUUUGGAUAACAUAAAAACCAGUUUGUGGCGAGAGGUCUCCUUUCAAGCAAUUCUGCUGGCUGUGUGCUUCAUCGUCUGUGCAUGUGCAAGAUGGUUUCUGGGAGGAAUAUCAGUCAGUGUCUUCACAUGCUCAUUAAUGAUAACUAUUGCCUAUACUGUCAAGUCAUUAUUUCUCAGCCUUGCCAGCUAUGUCAAAACCACCACUUGUGCUCAGUUUGCCAAAAUCUGACAACCAUUUAGGACUGUCUCUGAUGAAUGCCUUCAAUCUGAAUAUCCAGAAAUUGUCUGAUUUGCAGUCUGCUUGGAAUCAACCACAUUAUUGGAAGGCAGUGAGCAACUGGAUAAUGAAGAAAAAAACAUUUUAAUUUGGUUAUGUGUUUUUAAAAAGAAAUCUCAUUUUUGCCCUCAUUCUUAUAAUAUGCUCGGGAAAAUAAUAUUAAUUUGUCUUUUCUAUGCAAACCCUUAGCAGUUGAAAGGGAACAGACCAGGAAAUGUGAUAGAGAAGGAACCACCUGGGUAGAUGUUCCCCUUUUAUCCCCUGAGGCAUGAUUUUCAAAUGUUAAUUUUCAUUUAGAAGAUUCUAUGAGGUGCUUGAUGCAGAUUCCUGGACCUGCCUGCAAACACCUAUCCCUUUACUGAACUGCUUUAACUGAAUAACGUAAGCAAGUCUCUAUAGUCAAUACCCAACUUGAAAGUAAAUAAAUUGUAGUUUGCACAUAAAAUACAAUGUAGAAAAAAAUUUCAUCCCCCCCCCAUUCCCGCCCCUAGGAGUGGCUUGAUGGGAGUUGGUGUCAGCAGAUGCCAGUUAAUGGAAAAUGGGCAGGAGAGAGCCUUUCUUUGGGAAAGCACAUUCUUCUUUUGAGUCAUUUUCCUUACAGUUUUCAGCCUUCUUGGGACUCAUGAUUACCUUUCAUUCAUGUGCAAUUAAAAUAAAGAUAUAAGAGAAAAAAAUCUUUAAGGGCCAAAUAAAUAAGGCAAAAUACCAGAGUGCCUUGAAAUGCAUAAAAACGGUGCAGUUGCCCAGCCAACUGGAGGGUCAUAGAAGAAACUGUCAUUGCUUUUGCUUGGAAUAUGUUCUUGAAGCAAACAUGGCCUGCAACUCAAAGUUGUUCUCUGAUAUUCUCUGGCUAGACACCUGUGUGGAGAAGAUUGUCUUUGCUAAAAUGGUAAUAUCAGGAUACUACUCUUCAUAUGAUUUGUAUUUAGUGAAUUUGACUUGAAAAAAGUACUAGUAAGUAAAUGAGGUCAUCAGCAAAUUAUAUCUAUCUAUCUAUCUAUCUAUCUAUCUAUCUAUCAUCUAUCUAUCUAUCUAUCUCUAUCUCCAUAAGAGUGGUCAUGGCAGAGAGUCAAUUGGACACUGUAUUAGUUUGCUAUAGCUGCUGUAACAAAUUACCACAAAAUGAUGGCUUAAAAUGACACAAAUGUAUUGUUUUACAUCUCAGGAGUCUAUAAUCAAGGUGUUGGCAGUGAUGUUUUCCUUCUGGGGGCUUCAGGGAAGAAUCUGUUUCCUUGCCAGUUUCAGCUUCUGCUGGCAAAGUGACUCCUUCCUCUUGCUUCAAGGCACACAACUCGCUUCAAGCAUCACCUUCUCCUCUUCUGCAAGGAAAUAUCCCUUCACCUCUCUCUCAAAGAACACAUGUGUUCAUCUCUAAUUAUGACUUCCCCCGGAACAUCAACAAAUACAUGCAUAGAGUAAGGCACACGGGAAGAGCAGGGAGGACUGGAGUGUCUGUUACCCUUAUCACUAGAAAUGACUGGAGGAUUACUGGUGAGUUAAUUAAGAUUCUGGAAAGAGCACAUCAGAGUAUCCCAGAGGAUCAUGUGGCAAUGGCCGGGAGAUACAAGCAAAUAAACUGCAAAAAGAAAUGGAAAAAAAUUGGGAGAGACCCAAGAAAUCGUAUCAUUAAUGUCUAUGUUGAAAGUGAUAACAGCCUACUUACACAGGAGAUUUCAAGAUUUUUUAGAGAGAUAUUAUUUAGGAUAUGUGGACAUGAUGGGAAACAUGCUGGCAAUAGGAAGAAACUUGACUGAUUUUUAAAAUAAUAGUGAUUAAAAAUGUAGAAUUCAGUAUUUUAUACUUUCUUUAAUAAAAUCAAAAGUUUUUUUUUUAAAUAAAGGAUAUAUGUAUUUACAUUUAAAUCCCAUUCUGAUCAUCCAGGGUAAUCUCCCUAUCCCAAAAGCCUUAACAUAAUCCCAGCUGCAAAUCCCUCUUGCUCUAGAUAGUAAUAUUCACAGCUUCCAGUGAUUACGACCUAUAUGUCUUCAGGGGCCAUUAGUCAGCCUGCCAUCCUAUCUUCAGCUUAGGAUAGAUUUGCCCAACAACUUAAUAGAUCUGGGAUGUGUCCCAUACAUUUUUUUUUAACAAGUAGGAAAACUGAUCAGGAGAAGGUGGUCCUCAAACCACAUUCAUGGCAUGCUUUGAAGAGGAUUUAAUGGGGAGCUAAUUGCAUAAGAGAGUCUCAUUUUGAAGCUCUCUCAGGAGAGCGCGCCUUGAGAAUUUUUUAUGUUUCCUAUGUCUCUGUGUCGGAGACUCGUUUAUACAGGUUCACUGGAUUUACAUGAUAAUAACUUUCAAAGUUAGAUGCAGAAAUAAAAAUAAUUUGGGGCGCCUGGUUAAGUGUCUACCUUUGGCUCAGGUCAUGAUUCCAGGGUCCUGAGUUUAAGCCCCACAUGGGGCUCCUGCUCAUCAGGGAGUCUGC